AUGGAAUAAACCUACAUUUUAUACAUCCUAUUCAGACUUUAUACUCGCGGUCCUUGGCGUAAACAUACAACAUGUACUGUGCUUUGCUGUGAGCCAGCAAGAUUUAGUUGCUUUAUUUUACCAGUAAUAUAUAUACUUUUAAAAGCAUACAUAUAGCAAACGAUGUCGCUUUACGAUGACAUAGACACAGAUAAAGCUUCUGGAGCUUCAGGUUGGGCUUCAGGUAUCAAAUUGAUGCACAAUCAACUGGCUUUUAAAAAAGCAACAAUAACAGCACCCAAGCGUGACCAAACGCGGCGUGUAACAGGAACAAAGCUGCCUCCAGUCAUAGACCUGAAAUCCCGUCGAGAGGAAGAUGAAAAUGCCCAACAAUCUCUAUUUUACGUGCCAGGCCAGAAGCAGGAGUUUGCGAGACAAGGAUCAGGAAAUUCACCAUACAUGGGCUCCAAUGACCCUGAAUGGAAGUUUAUUAAUGAAUAUGAUCCAAUCUGGCCAAAUGAUUAUGAGAAAGUUGUCAAAGACAUGAGAGAGAGGAGGGACCGAGAAGAAGAAGAAAAAAGAAAGAAAGAAAGAGAAGAAAGAGAAAGGAAGAGAAGAGACAGGAGUGGUGCUGAGGAAACUGGCUUUGCAAGGUUGAGAGAACCAGAGGAGGAAGAGGAGGACGAUGAACGGCCAAGGAGAGUAGGUGGUGGAGGUGCAGCCAUUGCCCCUCCUCCAUCCUUAGGGGUGGAUGAUGCUCCAAACUCGCCUCCAAUGCCCAGCAAAGUCGGCAAUUUUGCUGGCAUUGGCAGUUCUAUUGCAGCGAAGAUUAUGGCCAAGUAUGGUUUUAAGGAGGGUCAAGGAUUAGGGAAGAGUGAGCAGGGAAUUGUGCGAGCACUUGAGGUUGAGAAAACAAGUAAGCGAGGCGGCCGUAUUGUGCUAGAGCGAGAGGAUUCACCUGGUCCCCCUACUAUGCCUCCCCCUGUGGCCCCACCUCCCCGGCCUGCCCAGUCAGAAAAACCAGAAACCAACAUUGCACACAUAUUGCGAAACCCAUCGAAAGUGGCGCUUCUACGGAAUAUGGUAGGCCCUGGGGAGGUCGAUGAUGAGCUGGAGCCAGAAGUACGGGAGGAAUGCAACGGAAAGUAUGGGACGGUCGUGCAGGUGGUCAUCUUUGAGAUCCCUCGGGCAGUCCCUGAGGAGGCAGUUCGCAUAUUUGUUGAAUUCCAGAGAGUUGAGUCCGCGAUCAAAGCUGUUAUUGACCUCAACGGAAGAUUCUUUGGUGGCAGACAAGUAAUGGCUGGCUUCUAUGAUCACGAGGACUUCAAGGCAUACAAACUCAAUGAGAGGACUGAGUGAAGUGUGUGUGGAACAGACUUGACUGUUCUUUCAUAAAGGAUUUUCAUCAUUAGUCCGUAUCUUGAUUCACAUUACUCACUCACUCUCUCUCUCUCUCUCUCUCUCUCUCUCUCUCUCUCUCUCUCUCUCUCUCUCUCUCUCUCUCUCUCUCUCUCUCUC